AUGGCAUUGACAGUUGCAGUAGCCGGCGCAACUGGUGCCGUAGGAAGAACACUCGUUGAACAGAUUCUAAAUGAGAACAAAUUUUCGGUGGUGGCUCUGACACGAAGAGGAGAUAUCGAAUCACCAGUCAAUGGCGUACAAUAUGUACAAAUAGACUAUGAUGAUCACUCGACACUUGUGCAACAGCUAGAGCGCCAUGCAGUACAGACAGUGAUCUGUGCAAUUGGCAUGUUAGGAGAUGACUGUUCACAAGCCCAAAUCAGUUUAAUCAAAGCUGCCGACGAAGCAAGCACGGUAAAAAGGUUCAUCACGAGUGAAUUUGGUUAUUUUACACGCGAAGAGAGACGGCAUAUUGAUCCAGGGAUUGACUGGUUCUUGGAGGCUGCAAAUCUUCUCAAGAACAGCGGUUUGACCUAUACUCGCCCGGUUUGUGGCGCAUUCAUGGAUUUCCUGGGAAUGCCACACGCUCGUUCAAAUAUUGCCCCAAUGAACAUUGUCGUUGAUGUUCUCAAUCGACAAGCUUGUAUUCCAGGGGAUGGAAAUACCCCUAUCACCAUGAUUUACAGUUAUGAUGCUGCGACCUUGGUUGCCAAGCUGUUAGAAGUCAAUGAAUGGUCUGAGUUCAGCUUUUGCAAUGGGGAUGACACAACUUUAAGUGAGGUUUUGAGGAUAGCGGAGGAAAUCUGCGGUGAAAAGUUCCAAGUCAAAUAUCUGGAGGCCGAGGACGUCAAAACAGGCAACAUCCCUAUACUAAAGGUUCCCGACGGAAGUGGCAUACAGCCAAAUGAACUUUUAGACUACAGUGUAUUCGGAUAUCAACUUUACCUCGCAAGAGGCUUUCAGUUGCCCGAAGAAGAGAGAAUUGGAAGCAGAUUCCCUGGCUUCAAACCGAGGACUGUCCGGGAGUUUUUAGAGUCGACUUGGAGAGCUCAUGUAUAG